GAACCAAACAAUUCAUUCGUACGCCUAUGCUCCAGUUGGUACCAGACAAAUUCUUGUUGCAUCCUCGUUUUACAGGAAAAUUGAAUAAAGAUUUAGGAAUUAAUCAGCUCGGAGACGGACUUUUGUUGGAUAAAUGGUAUCAUAUUGCUUAUACUCUAUCAGAUUUUGAAAAAAGGUUAGAUAUCUACAUUGAUGGCGAAUGGGUCGGAUUCUAUAGUAUCCAGAACGUUAAAACGGAAAGGGUUGUCUUCAAUGAUGGACCACUUUAUAUCGGACGUUCUUACAUUGAUUCUCAUAAUGGGUUCAUUGGCGAAAUUAGCAAUGUUCGUUAUUUCAACUGGCGUUUAUGUGCCCAAGAAGCGAAAGAAGAUUUUUUU